AUGGAACGUUUUCUGACAACUCACGCCACGUCGUUAAACAUUUCAAGAGAGACGUCUCCAUCAGACUUAACUUCCAUCCCAUCGGAGCUGGCCCUAACGGUGGUCGGCGCGGUUGUGUCGGUCGGUCUGCUCGGAAACGCUCUCGUGUUCUACACCCUGUCCGGUCGAGCUCGCUCUCACGCAGUCAUCAGUUCCUACAUCCUGAACCUCUCCGCGGCGGACUCCCUCUGUGUUCUCACCGCUCCGCUCAUGCUCUCACAAGACACGUUCGACGCCCUGCUACCCUUCCUGGGAAACGUCGUCUGCGUGUGCGGGCAGACCCUCUACAUGGUCACGCUGGCGGCUUCCAUGCUGACCUUAGCGACGAUGUGCGUUGAGCGAUACCUAGCCGUUGCUCACCCACUACAAUCCCUCCGAUGGCGUUCCGUAGGAAAAGCGCGGGCAGCCUGUGUGGUGACGUGGGUCGUAGCCGUGCUACUAUCUCUCCCUAUGUUCAUCCUUUGGAAACUAGAUGGAACCAGCGACGACCUGUGUGACUGGGACGCCGACCAGCUCUGGCUCUCCGUGUACUACAGCGCGUACGGCGUGGUGCUGGGGUCUCUCGGAGUCCUGAUCUUCGUCCUUUACUGCUGCAUGCUUGCCCGACACGGCGCCAGACGAGACGACCAGCAGCCGGACAGCUGCCACGAGUCGCGCCGCAUCCGGGCCGCUCAGAGAAAAGUCGUGCGGAUGGUCCUGAUACUACUGAUGGUCCUGUCCCUCUCCUACCUCCCUUACUACACAUGGUGGCUGGUACGCGUCACGCAUGACUUCUCGACGAUAGGAUUGAGUUCUCAGACGUUUGAAAGGUUAGAGUUCGGGUUGUUCACGCUGACGUAUCUCAACAACUGUCUGAACCCCUUCAUGUACACGCUGUUGAGUGAGAACUACAGGGAGACGUUCCGAGCGGCGUGUAAGUGCCUGCCCCACUGUUGUUGUUGUAGUACUUGUGACCGUCCUGGGGCGAUGCCUAGUCCAGCAGUGACCAACAGUGGUCUGUAA